GGUUAAAGCUCUCCAUCUCUUUAGUGCUUCUAAUUUGUGCCCCUCGAUACCAUCAACAACUAUUUUGACCCGACACCUACCUUUUCCUUUUGCAGCAAAUUGUUCUCUGUUAGAUCGUAAUGUCUGCUGCACAGCUCCUUAACCCUAAGGCCGAAUCUCGGCGGCGGGGUGAAGCUCUUCGAGUCAACAUCAGUGCUGGUGAAGGUCUACAAGAUGUUCUCAAGUCCAACCUAGGUCCCUUAGGGACUAUUAAGAUGUUGGUAGACGGUUCUGGACAGAUCAAACUUACAAAAGAUGGAAACGUCCUAUUGCGAGAAAUGCAAAUACAGAACCCUACAGCCGUCAUGAUUGCCCGAGCUGCUACCGCGCAGGACGAUAUUUGCGGUGAUGGAACGACGUCAGUUGUUUUGUUAGUGGGAGAACUUCUAAAGCAGGCAGACAGAUACAUCGCAGAAGGAUUACACCCUCGUAUUAUAACAGAAGGUUUUGAGAUUGCGAAGAACGAAUCCUUAAAGUUCCUAGACGAAUUCAAGCUACCGAAAGAAGUCGAUCGAGAACUCCUCCUAUCCGUCGCCCGAACGUCGUUAUCCACUAAGCUCAACGCGACACUCGCCCAAAAGCUAAUGUCCGAUAUUGUCGACGCCGUCCUUGCCAUCUACCAAGCUCCCGCCAAACCUGAUUUACACAUGGUCGAGAUUAUGAAGAUGCAGCACCGUACCGCCUCAGAUACCCAGCUCAUUCGUGGUCUGGCUCUAGACCACGGUGCUCGACACCCCGAUAUGCCUAAGCGACUUGAGAAUGCCUUCAUCUUGACGAUGAACGUCAGUUUGGAAUACGAGAAGUCGGAAAUUAACUCGGGCUUCUUCUACUCCAGUGCCGAGCAACGCGAUAAACUAGUCGAGAGCGAGCGCCGAUUCGUCGAUGCCAAGUUGAAGAAGAUCGUUGAGCUAAAGAAGGAAGUAUGCGGAAACGACCCCAAGAAGAGCUUCGUCGUCAUCAACCAAAAGGGUAUCGAUCCCCUCUCUUUGGACGUACUGGCCAAGAAUGGUAUCUUUGCUCUUCGAAGAGCUAAGAGGAGGAACAUGGAGAGACUUCAACUUAUUUGCGGCGGUAUCGCACAGAAUAGUGUAGAGGAUCUUUCUCCUGAUAUUCUUGGCUGGGCUGGUCUAGUAUACGAGCAACAGUUAGGUGAAGAGAAGUACACGUUCAUCGAGGAAGUUAAGGACCCCAAGUCCGUUACCUUGAUGAUUAAGGGCCCGAACGCACACACCAUUACACAGAUUACGGAUGCCGUUCGAGAUGGUCUACGCAGUGUAUACAACAUGAUUGUAGACAAGAGCGUGGUUCCUGGUGGUGGUGCUUUCCAGGUCGCUUGCGCAGCUCACCUAAAGAGCGAUGCGUUCAAGAAGACGGUCAAGGGCAAGGCUAAGUGGGGUGUCGAUGCGUUUGCUGAUGCCCUUCUGAUUAUUCCGAAGACACUGGCGGCUAACGCCGGUCACGAUAUCCAAGACGCACUUGCUUUACUUCAAGAUGAACACGCGGAUGGUAACGUCGUCGGACUGGAUCUAGUACUUGGUCAACCCAUGGACCCGACAUUAGAAGGUGUCUACGAUUCAUUCAGGGUGUUGAGAAACUGCAUCGCAUCCUCUUCGAGUAUUGCAUCGAAUCUUCUACUCUGCGAUGAGAUGUUGAAGGCACGCCAGAUGGGCAGACAAGGUGGUCCGGGACCAGGAAUGGAUGGCCCUGAGGAGUAAAUUAAGAAAAUGUGAAUGGAUGCGGACACGGCUAACUGAACUGAUACCACUGUACGUUAGACGCAAAAAAAAGGCGUUGCUAAUAGACGUGGAAUGAAUCACAGUGGUAGUGAAAAGUACCUGUUGGGACAUAUGCUCUGGUUCUUGUGUGCGUAAGAAUGUGUUACGUGAUC